UUCCGCGGAAGAAAUUUCUGAUUUAUUGCUCAGAAGACCAAACGGUUACUCUAUCUCUCUCUCUCUCUCCCUCCUCUUGAAACUUCGAACCUGAACCGAGACCCUCCGAACAAAGGUUAAGCUGAAAUUCCAACUCUUUUGUAAGUUGAACUUCGAGGUGGUUUUUCUAUUGGCAAGUAACUUUUUGCCUUGCAAAAGAGAUUACAUUGGCACUGUAAUCUCUUCCAUUUCCCACAGCAAUGGUGGUUAGCGAAGAUAAGGCUGCUAAAUUGAGCUUAACCUACUUUUUCACUUAUCUAGCUGCUUAUUGAGAGGUCAUAGAUAUCAAUGUGAUAAUCAAGAUUCUCUGUGUGACACUGUGCCACCUUUUGACAAAUGAGUAGUUCAGCAAAUAGAAGUUAAAUCAUACUGCUGAUCGCCAUUGUUACUCCUACAUUUAGAUAUCUGAGCUAGACAUAUUGGCAAGUCGCAAGUUAUUCUGAGAUGCAAACAUCUCAGGAACACCAAAGUUCAAGCAGCAUCCAAAGGUCAUACGACCUGCCCAUACAGCAGAUUGAACCGUACAGCUUGUCUCAUUUCCAAAAUUCAACCAACAAUGUUAGCUCCGAUAGUAGCAACCAAGGAGCCCAUGUUUCUUUUCAGGCUUACGAUGAACAGUUUUUCACCCUGGAUUCAUCCCCAGCAACAGAUUACCUUGUCUACAAUUCACCAUCUGCUAUAAGUAUCUCUUCCAGCAGGAGUCCCUUUUCACCACAAUGUUCCCAGUCAUACAUCUCAGAUCUGCAUCACUCCCCUGAGAAUACCUAUGGAUCCCCAUUAAGUGGGUCUUCCGUUGUUGAUAGCAGUGAACUGCAACAUGUACUGCGAGAAUUGGAAAUUAAGUUGCUGGGGCCUGAAUCUGAUAAUGACAUGAGCAACUGCUCCAUCACCAGUAUGGCCGUCCCACAAUCCUCUUCCUUGGCAAGGUCAAAUCGAAUCUUGGAGAUGGCCGCCAACUUAGACUUGAAACAUGUGCUCAUUGCCUGUGCAGAAGCCGUAUCAGAGGCUGAUAUGACAACUGCAGCAGGUUUGAUGGAUGUGUUAGACCAUAGGGUGUCAGUCUCGGGGGAUCCUGUCCAGCGGUUGGGUGCAUACAUGUUGGAAGGGCUUAGAGCAAGGCUGUUGUCCUCCGGGAGCAUUAUCUACAAAAAAUUGAAGUGCCAAGAACCAACAAGCUCAGAACUGAUGUCUUAUAUGGGUAUCCUUUAUCAGAUCUGCCCAUACUUCAAGUUCGCCUACAUUUCUGCAAAUGUUGUGAUUGGGGAAGCCAUGGCAAAUGAAACAAGAAUCCACAUCAUCGAUUUUCAGAUUGCACAGGGCAGCCAGUGGAUGUCCCUUAUCCAGGUUCUUGCACGUCGGCCUGGUGGACCCCCACUCAUCCGUAUCACUGGUGUUGAUGAUUCCCAAUCAGCUCAUGCUCGAGGUGGUGGACUCCACCUUGUGGGGCAGAGGCUAGCAAAGGUCGCUGAGUCAUGCAGAGUGCCGUUUGAAUUUCAUGGUGCAGCCAUGUCUGGUUGUGAGGUUGAACUAGAGAACCUUGGGGUUCGUCAUGGAGAAGCCCUGGCUGUCAACUUUCCUUACAUGCUGCACCACAUGCCGGAUGAGAGUGUGAACACAAUGAAUCAUCGAGACCGUCUUUUAAGACUGGUGAAGAGCUUGUCACCGAAGGUUGUGACCCUUGUUGAGCAAGAAUCCAAUACAAAUACUGCUCCAUUCUUUCCACGGUUCCGUGAGACACUGGAUUAUUAUACAGCUAUGCUUGAAUCAAUUGAUGUGGCUCGCCCCAGGGAUGACAAGCAACGGACUAGUGUAGAGAUGCACUGUGUGGCACGCGACAUCGUCAACAUAAUUGCAUGUGAGGGGGCUGAGAGGGUGGAAAGGCACGAACUUUUUGGCAAGUGGAGAUUACGACUAAUUAUGGCGGGCUUUACUCCAUGCCCAUUGAAUUCUUCGGUUUGCGAGGCCAUCAAGGAUAUGUUGAAGGAGCAUCAUCAAAAUUUUAGACUGGCAGAGAAGGAUGGAGCUCUUUAUCUUGGCUGGAAGAACAGGGCUUUAGUAACUUCUUCUGCAUGGAGAUGAAACAAACUUACUGCAGCACACAAUACUGUAAAUUUUUUCCUUUCAUUGUUGAUAUCACUAGUUUUAGUUGAGUGGUGCUCUUGUUUGUACUUUUAUAGCUGAGACAGGCUCUCUUCCACUAUACCUGAACUUGUACAAUUUGUACAAGCCUACGAAAUCAGAGUUGUAUCGAGUUAUAUUUGUGUCAUUUUGAGCUUUGGCUUAACAUGUUCACGAGGUUAUAUCCGGU